AUGGUGGUAAGUGUUAGAUCUUGUCCUCCCUUCUCGCGUUCACUGGGUGUUGGGUUUGGUUGUUCUUUGUUUAGGGCUUUGCUUCCGUUGUUUGUGUCGGCUACGUUUCCGGCUCAGUUUAGAUUGGUCGGUUGCGGUGGGAAUCGGUCUCGUUGGCUCUAG